AUGCUUCUGGGUGCAUUUGCAGAAGCAAACUCAGAUGUGAUCCAUUUGGAUUACAAAGGUUGCGUUUUGAAAGCACUUGUUGAGUACAUAGUAACAAAUUCACCUGGAGUGCUUCGAAGCGAAGGAGAUGGAACUGAUGAAGGCGACUUUGUUUCACUAAUUGCUGCCGCCAUGUUUUUCGAGCUUCCGGAUUUGUGUGAGAAGGUUUUCAAUCACAUAUCUCAUGUUCUGUCUAAGAACCAUUCAUCAUUGAUUGCCAUUUUGGAAGCAUGCCAGCAAGAAGGCCCAGCAGUUCCAGCUCAGCUGAAAGAAUUAGCUGUCUCAUGUCUUGUCUUGAAUAUGGAUGCCUUUGACAUGACUGCUAUUUCACUGCUGAGUGCUGACUCUCUGGAAGAACUUCUCAAGUGUGAUACUGUUCACAUUAGUGAAUUCAGGUUCUUUGAGCUUGUUUCACAUUGGGCCAAUCAGAACCAGGAAUACCAUGGUUGUAUGGUUGCUGGCGUCAAGUCAUCUGGUUUAGUGCCACCAGAACGUCUCUUGGAAGCCUUCGAAAAGCAAUCUAUGACGUCAAAGGAGCAACAUAGUGUGGUCUUCAACAGAGCCCGUGGACCUGUUGUCUGGAAAAACUCGCUGACAACUGAAUCCAGCAUGCCCAAACAUGUGACUGCAUCAGGGGCAUCUGAUUUCCUUGAAUAUCCUCCAAUUUCAUGUGGUAGGCAUGAAUGGACUCUUGAUGUUGUUGAGAAGAGCCAAGGCGAUUGGAUAGGAAUGGCCAUUGGAAACACUUGCCAGCUGGAAUGGCUUGGGAAUCAAGAGGGUGGAUGGGCUUUAGGUGUUGAUGGAAGGGCAUGCCAUAAUAAGAAGACACUGUCCAAAGGCCAUCCAAGGUUCAAACAAGGAUCAAGAGUUACCUUGACAUUGAAUUUGCUGCCAAAUGAGGAGAGGAAUGGGACACUCUGCGCAUCCAUAGAUGAUGGUAAGCCUUUCAUUGUCUUUGAAAAUCUUCGAGAUGAGCUACAUAGUGGGAAUGGAGGCUUUGUGCCAGCUGUAUGGCACUUCUCCGGGGUCAAACUUCGCCUUGUUCAAAUCAAACAACUAGAAGAUUGA